AUGGCAGCACUUUUUCCUCUGCUGCUCGCGCACCUACUCCUCUGCGCCCAUGGCGCCACCGCCUCCUCGACCGCGACGCCGCCGCCUCUCCCGGUCCUGCCCGUCCCGUCCUACGCGCAGCUCCGGUGGCAGCUCUCCGAGAUGGCGCUCUUCCUCCACUUCGGGCCCAAUACCUUCACGGACUCCGAGUGGGACACCGGCCGCGCCGACCCCUCCGUGUUCGCCCCCUCGGCACUCGACGCGGGCCAGUGGGCGCGCGUCGCGGCGCAGGGCGGGUUCGGCCGCGUCGUGCUCACGGCCAAGCACCACGACGGUUUCUGCCUCUGGCCGUCGGCACUGACCGACUAUUCGGUGGCCGCCUCGCCGUGGCGGGGCGGGGCUGGGGACGUCGUCGCCGAGCUCGCCGCAGCCGCGCGCGCGGAGGGGAUCGGGAUGGGGCUGUACCUCUCGCCGUGGGAUCGCCACGAGCCGGUGUACGGGGACACCAUCGCGUACAACGAGCAUUACAUGGGACAGAUGAUGAAACUGCUGACCAGGUAUGGAGAUGUAGAGGAAGUCUGGCUAGAUGGUGCAAAGGGCGAUGCCAAGAAGAUGGAUUUAUAUGUUUGA